ACCUGAUUAUAGACUACAAAAACUGAUGUCUGACACACUCCCAAGCAUUACGGACAUACGAGAUGAGAGGCUUCUGGCUGCUGUUAGUGCUUGUGGCUGCGGCCACAGCUGAGAGGGUCUUCACUGGAGAUCAAGUCAUCAGAGUCAAUGUGGAGUCUGAGGAACAGAUCCAACUCCUGCAGGCUCUUGAAACUCAGCAGGAGUGGGAGCUGGACUUCUGGCUCCACCCUGUCUCCACUGAGCUCCCCGUCGACAUCCGAGUGCCCCGCGGCAGUUUGAGCUCUGUGAUGGAGUACCUUAGUGCCAACAACAUCCUCUAUUCUGUCGUUAUAAACAACCUUCAGGAGCUUCUCGAUGAGGAGAAAGCUGAGAUGGUGGUGAACCAGAUGAAGGAGCGCAGCACCAGGAGCUUCAACUUUGGAGCUUAUCAUCCUCUGGAGACACUCUACAGCUGGAUGGACACUCUGGUGGCUGAGCACCCUAACCUAGUCACCAAGCAGGAAAUUGGUAGAUCGUACGAGAACAGGCCGAUGUAUGUGCUCAAGUUCAGCACCGGGGGAAACAAGCGUCCUGCUAUCUGGAUCGACACAGGUAUCCACUCCAGAGAAUGGGUGUCUCAGGCUACCGGAGUGUGGACAGCCAAAAAGAUUGCCACUGAUUAUGGUAACGACGAGUCUCUGACCUCCCUUCUGAACACCAUGGAUAUUUACAUGCUGAUCGUGGCCAACCCUGACGGCUAUGCUUACACCCACACCAGUGACCGUAUGUGGCGUAAGACCCGUUCCAAGAUCUCUGGGUCCGUGUGUCGUGGAGUCGAUCCCAACAGGAACUGGGAUGCAGGCUUUGGUGGCCCCGGUGCCAGUACAAACCCCUGCUCUGACUCCUACCACGGCCCCUCAGCUCACUCUGAGAUCGAGGUGAAGAACGUGGUUGACCUGAUCAAGAGCCACGGCAACUUUAAGUCCUUCAUCUCUGUCCACGCCUACUCCCAGCUGCUCAUGUACCCCUACGGCUACACCUGCAAGAGCGUGUACAAUCAGGCCGAGCUGGACUCUGUUGGCAGAGCAGCAGCGCAGAAACUCACUUCCCUCUAUGGCACCAAAUACAAGGUUGGAAGUAUCUGCAACAUCAUCUAUCAAGCCAGCGGCGGCAGCAUUGACUGGUCUUACAACCUGGGCAUCAGGUACUCCUUUGCCUUCGAGCUGAGGGACACAGGUCGCUACGGUUUCAUCCUGCCAGCCAGUCAGAUCAUCCCCACUGCCUCUGAGACCUGGCUGGGUCUGAAACACAUCAUGGAGUAUGUCCGUGACCAUCCUUAUUGAUGGCUAUAACCAGUGGAAGGAGGAUAAACAGUCUAUUGACGGUUUUUAUUUUGCAGAAUGACUCUCUCAUCAUUCUAUAUUGAUGUAUCACAUCUGACUUUAAUAUUAACCAAUAAAGACAAGAAUAACCUUUU